AUGGACAGACCAAACAAGCCCUCGGCGCUCGCCACCACUCCGGGCCUACCGCCGCAGGCCUCCGUCACCAUCUCGCACGGCAACGAGCGCGUCGCCGCCGAGCUGCCAACGGGCGAGUCCGUCGUCGUCCUGCUGCACGGCGCCACUGUGCUGAGCUGGAAGGACGCCGCCGGCGACGAGAAGCUGUGGUUGAGCGAGGCGGCCAAGCUCGACGGCACCAAGGCGGUGCGUGGCGGCAUCCCGCUCGUCUUUCCGGUCUUUGGCGCGGGCAGCAACGGCGAAAAAACAAAAAAACUGCCCCAGCACGGCUUCGCGCGCAACUCGCGAUGGGAGUUUCUCGGCAAGUCGACCAGCGAGGGCGACAGCUCCAACGUCAAGCUCGACUUUGGCCUCUCGUCCGAGUCGCUCGCCGACGAGUACAAGCAGGCCUGGCCCUACCGCUUCGGCCUGCUUUACAGCGUCACCCUCACCCGCGAAAGCCUCACCACCACCAUUGUCAUUACAAACGACGGCGACGAACCCUUUGAGUUUCAGACGCUCCUGCACUCGUAUUUCCGCGUCAAGGAUAUUGCGCAAGUCUCCAUUGACGGCUUCGAAAACGCACCCUACGUCGAUCAGCUCGCCGGCAUGGCCGCCAAGACGCAGGCCGGCCCCAUCACCGUUGAUGGCGAGCUCGACAGCAUAUACACGCCCGUCGGCGGGCCCAAGCAGUCCAUUACGCUCCGCGAGGGCAGCGACACGCGUCUGCGCAUCGUCCGCGACAACCUCGACGACGUUGUUGUUUGGAACCCGCACGUCGACAAGGCGGCCGGCAUGGCGGACUUUGCGCCCAAGGACGGCUGGAAGAAGAUGGUCUGCAUCGAGGCCGGCAGCGUGCGCGGCUGGCAAAAGCUCGACAAGGGCGACGCCUUUGAGGGCGCCCAGACAAUUCAUCUGUAA